AUGGUUAGCCAACGGGGCAUUGACGCUAACCUUGAAAAGAUUAAGGCCCUGAUUGAAAUGCGGUCUCCCAGAACGAUCAAGGAGGUUCAACAGCUCACGGGCAGAGUCGCCACCCUCAACCGCUUUAUCUCCCGGGCAAUCGACAAGUGUCUUCCAUUUUUCAAAGUCUUCCGACAAGCUUUCGAGUGGAGCACCGAAUCCGAGGAGGCUUUUCAACAAUUGAAGCAGUGCUUGGCCAACCCUCCCCUUCUCUCUCAAGCACUGCCAGAUGAAACCCUCUUCCUCUACUUAGUUGUAUCAAACAUUGCGGUCAGUGCUGCCCUCAUCAGGGAAGACAACUCAGUACAACGUCCAGUUUACUACAUUAGCCGCGCUCUCAAGGGGGCCGAACAGAACUACCCUUUGCUAGAAAAAAUGGCCCUCACCUUGGUGAUCGCCUCCAGAUGCCUGCGACCUUAUUUCCAAGCCCACUCCAUAGUGGUUCUCACUGAUCAACCUCUGAGAAAGGUCAUGCAACAACCAGAAUUGUCAGGCAGACUUAUGCAAUGGUCCGUCGAGCUCAAUCAAUUUGAAAUCUCUUACCGACCUCGAACAGUGAUCAAAGGGGAUAGUGGGGCCGGUCUAAUCCUCACCACCCUAGAGGGUGAAUACUUCAAGUGUGCCCUCCGCUUCUUGUUCGACGCAAACAAUAAUGAGGCCGAAUAUGAGGCCUUGAUAACAGGUCUUCGAUUAGCUAGAGACAUUGGUGUAAACCAUAUCCAAGUAUUUAGUGAUUUCCAAUUGAUUGUCAGACAGAUUACUGAGGAGUUCGACGCAAAGGAAGAGACGAUGCGAGCAUACAAGGAUAUUGCCUUUCCUCUUGUCUGCCUCUUCAAUACCUUCCAGAUCAGACACAUCUCUAGGUUAGAAAAUUGCAAGGCGGACGAAAUGGCUCAAUUAGCCUCGGCCGACCAAUCAGACCUCAGCUAUGGCGUCUGCAUUGAAUAUCUAACCCAUCCGACUACUUCGUCAAACCCACAGGAGGUUCACUUCCUCCAGAACGAACCUAUCCUAUGGGCUCAAGACAUCCUUCUGUUUUUGUCACAAGGGGAGUUACCUGACGAUAAACAGCAGGCCGCUAAGGUUAGAGCCCGGUUAUCCAAUUACAUCUUCAUCGGCGGUCUGCUGUACAAGCGAGGAUUCUCACGUCCAUAUCUCAGAUGUCUCAGUCCUGCUCAAGUGAUCUAUGUGAUGAGGGAAAUCCACGAGGGCAUUUGUGGUAAUCAUUCGGGUGCAAGGUCUCUGGCCCAUAAAAUCCUCUGCACCGACUACUUUUGA